AUGUCGAGAAGCAAAAUUGGAAUUACAGACGAGGAUUUUUACGGUGAAGAAGAUGAACACUCGGAGGAUGAAAUCAUGUUGGUACAAGAUGAUGACCAAGCCCUUGCGAGCAAUGCCAUGAUGAAUGAAGAAUCGGAGGAAGAAUCACCUCUUGAUGAAAGGCUUGAUUUAUUUAAAAAGCCUGAAUAUCGGGAUGAUGAUAGUACGAUGCAAGAUGAUCAUGGCUUCAUAUUUUCAAAGGCAAUGAUGCAUGAUUAUAUCGGACAUACCAUUCAACAAAUUUGUGUGUUGUUUCAUAAUAAUAAGAUUCCAGCAAUCACUUCAAAUAUCUAUUCUCGAAAACAAUCAAAUUUUACAGAAUUAAUUUUGGCCAUUUCUGUUCGGAAUACUGUGAGGUUUUAUUCAUUAAUUCACAAUAGAGACCAGAUGAAUGUUAAGGAAAUUUCUGAUGAAAACAACCACACAAAAACACUAGUUCUAGAGAGCAACGUCAAAUUCAUGAAGUCAUUUGACAAUACUUUGAUCGUUUGCGAUGAAAAGGGAAUUAUUCAUGUACUCAAAUUUCAAGUUAAUAGCCUACAACAAGAAAAGGAAGAUAGCUUGUUCUGGCCAGAACAUGAACUUGAAAUAUUUCGUCCAUUCAACCCAUUUCAAUGUUUGCAGGCAAAUUCUGAAUGCAACUAUGAACUCUUAAGCUUUGAUUCUGAAGUUUUAUCGGAAGGAGAAGCAAUUACAUUGUCUUUAGCUAUGGGGACAAGCAAUGGUCAACUACUCUAUGUUACUCUUUCAUCCAAGUCUGGAUCACAAUUUGAGGUACUGAAACAACAGAAAUAUCAACACAAAUCCAUGUUGCCAAUUUUAGGCGUUACAUUUGCCAUCAAGAAUAUGAUCACGGUGGAGAUUCCAACCUUAAUUUACUAUAGAACUUUGAAUUGUGUUUUCUCUAUUGACAUGAACAACUUGGACUCUCAAAAAGAUUCUACCCUAAUCAUCAGAGCUAAGGAGAUUAUUACCUAUCUAUCUGUUCAUCCUCUUCAACCAAAUCAUAUUAUUCUUGGAUUAAGCAAUGGAUUCUUGGUUGGAAAGGAUCCCAAUACUACAUGGGAAAAGACUGUAUCCAAUACAGCCAUUAAGGUUAUUCAGUUUGACGAGCAACAGAAAGGCGUUGUGGUUGGUGAUGAACAAGGUUAUGUUUAUAGAAUUGAGGAUUUGGCAACCGCACGUCACGACCAAACAUCUAAACGUUCCGAAGCAAGUACUUCUAUUGGAACUGUCUUGGAUAAUAUUGAUGGUCACGACAUUUCUUACAUACAAGCAUUAUCUGAGAAUGAAUGGUUUGUAGUGAGUCCAAAUGGAAGAAUCAACUUGGUAAUGAAUUAA